UCCACCAAUCAUCGCUUUCCUUCUCGCGCCAAAUACAAAAACCCACCACCACCAUUCCCCUUUCUCCUUCUGCCUCUCACACCACCGGGUUUGUGAGAUGUCGGAUGCGCCAACGAGCCCGAGCCACGAGAGUGGCGGCGAGCAGAGUCCGCGUGGCUCCUCGUCCGGCGCGAGGGAGCAGGAUCGGUACCUUCCCAUUGCCAACAUCAGCCGCAUCAUGAAGAAGGCGUUGCCUCCCAAUGGAAAGAUUGCUAAGGACGCUAAAGACACCAUGCAAGAGUGCGUUUCCGAGUUCAUCAGCUUCAUCACCAGCGAGGCGAGUGAGAAAUGCCAGAAAGAGAAGAGAAAGACUAUUAAUGGAGACGAUUUGUUAUGGGCGAUGGCCACUUUAGGAUUUGAAGACUACAUAGAGCCGCUUAAGGUGUACCUAGCAAGGUACAAAGAGGCGGAGGGUGACACCAAAGGAUCUGCUAGAAGUGGCGAUGGAUCUAUUAGACCCGAUCAAGUUGCCCUUGCAGGUCAAAAUGCUCAGCUUGUUCAUCAGGGUUCACUGAACUAUAUUGGUUUGCAGGUGCAACCACAACAUCUGGUUAUGCCUUCAAUGCAAAGCCAUGAGUAGUUUAGAUGCUUCUACGCUUUUCAUUUAUUUCACUUGAAUGCUUGUACGCAUGGCAUGGAUGGAAACAAUGGUUUGGCAAUUUAAAAUUAGGUUCUCGUGUAGAAGGCCUGAGUGUCAGAAUUUUUUUGCGGUACUAAUAUAGAUUUUUAUCAAUACAUAUGUCAAAUUUAGAUGCCUGACCAACUCAAGGGAGUGUUUGGGGUUAUGCAUGUGAUUCGCCAUGUAGCUUGUCAUGGUGAAAAUCACCUGCUUUGAUAGUUUUCUUUAAAUAUUAUUCGCAAAUAUUGAAUUUGCUACUCGA